GCCCACUGGGCUGCUAAAAAAGGCCUGGCCCGGGAAACAAAACCCUACUUAGCAGUUUUUGCCCUCUGCUACUUCACAGUAACAGGUUUUUUCCACUGGGUUCUCGUAUAGCACAUAGCAAACGUUCUACUAUGGCUACCAUACCAGUUAAUCCCAAGCCUUUCUUGAAUAAUUUGACCGGGAAACCAGUAAUUGUGAAACUCAAGUGGGGAAUGGAGUACAAGGGGUAUCUCGUUUCUGUUGAUUCGUAUAUGAACUUGCAGCUCGCGAACACUGAGGAGUACAUUGAGGGACAGUUUACUGGAAAUUUGGGAGAAAUUUUAAUCAGAGCUGAUAGGGAAAUGGGGACCCAACUCAUGAAGAAGACUUCAAUGACCACUUAUUUUUGGUACGUUUCAUGAUUCUAAUACUAGAGUUUCGUGUGGAGAAAAUCUUUGCCCGUAUAUCUAUUCACAUAUUUCUCCUUAAUUAAGAUCAUUUUGUUCUGUAGAAAAUUUCUUUUUCGCUAACACUCAACGCAGCAUAAGAUCUGCUCAAGUUGGUAUAGCAGUGAAAAUCCCUUAUUAUGAUUUGAAUGAAGAACAUUUUUGGUUAGAUAAGUUCUAGUCUGUAGAAUUGAUUUUGGUUAGAAGUGGGUUUCAGCAAUUUAAUUUAUAUUGUAAAUUAUUUAUUUAAAGGCGAUUUUGGCAUGAUAUUUUUCAGAUAUUGUAAAGAAAAAAAUCUUUCUGAUAUAACUAUAAAAGAGGAUUAGUUUUCUUACUUGAUAUAUGGUUGCUCAGACAGUAACAUGAUGUUAAGUUAAUUAAUAUUCAUGUAAACACGUACAAAUCGGAUUUAUUCAUUGCAAAAGGUUGCAAAAUAAUCUAAUAAAGUUACAAAAAAUUGUUUUCAUCAUGUUGAAGAAGUUAAACCCAAGUAUAUAAUCCAAACUAAAUCUACUCACUGAGUCCCCGACACCAGAUUACGCAGCCAUAAACAUUGCUCCAGUUAUUGUUUGUUUACAAUGAGCAAAAGUAAAAGCGAUGGUUUAAAAUUGAAAGUUAGAUAUUCCUAUAUGUAGAAUAUCUCAUCCUUUUUUAUAUGUAUAGUAUGAAUAUUUCCUAUAAUUGCUGUAUUUCGGCAUAUAGUUAU